AUGGCACAGUGUCUUUAUACUAUGAGUGGGAUCCUGUGCAUACAAGAACACUAUGAGGACUUGGCCCAACUGCUCCAGGAAGUGAAGGCAGAAUUCAAAGUUCUUGUCAACCACCUCAGCAUUGCAAAAUGCAUGCAGACUCUCAGUGAUGUUCAGCACAUGCAGACUCAUUACAGUGAUGCAGUACCACUGCUGAAGGAGGCAAGGAUGUUGUUUGAGGCUAUUCCACAUGCCACUGGUGUUGCCCAGAGCAUACAGACUCUCAGUGAUGUGCUGGCUCAGCAGGGUUAUUAUGAUGAUGCUGCACCACUUCUUGAGGAAGCAAGAGACAUGUUUGAAGCCAUUUCAAACACUCUGGGCAUCAUGCAAUGUACUCAGAUUCUCAGAGACAUCCUGCAAAGACAAGCUCAGUAUGACACCACCACACAAAUGCUCCAGGAGGCCAAGGUGAUGUUCAAAGCCAUUUCUGAACCCCUUGGUGCAGCUCAAUGUAUGGAGAGUCUUCAAAUCAUCCAGGCACAGGCUGUCCUGGAGGCCAUUCCCAAGCCUGGCAGCACUGCUAUGCAGCAAUCUCUCUAA